GCGAGGUACGCAUCCCGAGGAAUACCGUGGCCACCAGUCGAGUUCUCGUUGUCGCGCUUCAUCGCGUCGGUCAUCGUCAGUUCUUCGUCGUUGUCGUUGCCGGCGGCUUCGUGGCCGACUUUCCCGAUUGUUCGCCAGGAGGUUUGCACCUCUCUCGUGUGUCUAUUCCGCCCCCUCCCCUUUCACAUAACUCGCGAUCGAUAAUCUAUCCUGUUGACCGUCAGUGAAAGCAAGAAGUGCCUUUUCUUAAUACGUCGUCGUCGAUUAAGAGCGAGGGAUAUUUUAAAAGCUGCUUCGGAACCGACUUCGUGACCGACACGCUAUCUCGUCAUUCCCAUUGAGAAACGCAUCGUAACGUGUUUUUGAGAGAGACACUCUGUCACAUACGGGCUGGUGUGGAUACACGUUUUCUCUCUCUGCGCUCUGAGACGAGAGAUAUAUUUACGUCCCCGAGUCGUUACAUCCGAUAGGACAACAAAAAUCGCUAAAGCGGCAAAGAUGGAGAACACGGAGGAUAUGAGAACGACAGUGGAGCUGUACAUUUAUGAUCUUACUAAGGGUAUGGCAGCAAUGAUGUCGCGACUACUUAUAGGUCGCCAGUUGGACGGAAUAUGGCACACAGCGAUCGUUACGUACGGAAGGGAAUAUUUCUUUGGUCCGGCCGGUAUACAGAGCGUCCGACCUGGUGGCACGGAACUGAGGGAACCUCAGAAAAUCGAGAAGCUCGGCGAAACUUAUCUGCCGUACUCGGUCUUCCUGGAAUACAUAAACGGCCUGGGAACUUCCACGUUCGCACCAGGUACAUACAAUCUCUUCAAACACAACUGUAAUUACUUCACAGAGGAGCUUAGCAACUUCCUAGUAGGCAAGGGUAUUCCCAAAUAUAUUCUUGAUCUACCAGAAGAGAUAUUACAAACACCCGUUGGACAGGCUCUGGGUCCACUGAUAGACACAUUAAGUAAUAGCGCGAGUGCCGGAUUCACAGUCGGCCAGAGGUUUGUCGAAGCAAGAAUCCAAAGAGAAGUUUCGCCAGAAUAUCAACUCCUAAAUACAGCUAUCGAGGAAGCGAGAUUGAAUUCAAUUGCAUUGGAGGAGCGCAGGAACGUCAUUAACGAGAAGUUAGCUAAAAAGGACCGGAAGAAAAAAAAGAAGAAGAAGGAGAAGAGGGAGAAGGGCAGCAAAGAAUCUACCACCAGUAGCGGUGGCAACGGCACCGAGCCGAGCAAUUGUUGCUUAGAUAUGGCGGAGAACGAGGGUGCUAUUGGUGAUAUGCAACAGCAGCCGUCUAACGGGCAUUCCGUGCCUGCGGAAAUGUUGCCGUCCGAGCGAGUGAUGCAAAUGGAGGAAGACGAAAAGCGGGAACAGGAGGAGAAGAAACGCUGCCGGGAUCCACCGAUAGUCUUUAAAGAUACGGUGAACGUACAAGCGCAGUACGAAGGUUUGAUGAGCGCCCUUGAGGGGAAAUUGAACGACGAGGAACGAACGUGCAUGGACGAAUUGCGGCUGUAUGUCCUGGAAAAUGAGGGUUCCUGGGCGUUGGGUGAUAACUUCUUGAAUUUUGUCGGUCGUGUCCUUUACGAUAAGUCAUUGGAUAACGACGGCCGGGUGAAAUUAUUGAACCUACUGUCCGUAGCCGCGUUGAAGGACGAUGUAAUUUUAUUGCUACAUCAAGACAGACGGGAACAUAUCAUUAUGAAUUACGCUUUCGAUAUCGACCGUCAUUCGCCGGAGGAGCAGCUCUCGCUCGCGCAAUUUUUGGCGAACAUGUUCGAGAAUCUCAGCAGUUCCGAAUGGCUGCUGUAUAUAUCCGAGUGGCAACACCAGAAUCAAAAUGUCAGCAACAUAAGGGUGACGACUAAAGUCGCGGUGCAUUCGCUGCUCUCCGACUCGGAGGACCUGCAGAUCCGCGGCGCUGCCAUCAUCCACAAUCUUGCCUGCAAGGAGAAAAUGAACAAGAGCAAAAAUCUACGGCGACUUUUACCGAAAGGCAGUAUUUCUAAGGUGUUCGACGAUGUAGCUGUGGAGCUGACGAUGGCGUUGCUGCAAUACUUCAACGGCAGUCCCGCGGAGGAGCAGCUUUACGCAUGCAUGAAAUCGCUGGCGCGUUUCACGCAGAUCAGCAGCCAGGAAGUGCCGCAGCUCAUACAAAUGAUAGGGCCCGAGCCAAACAAGUUCAGGGGAACUUCCGAGAGGGUUGACGAGCAGAUCGAUCAAGUCAACAAGAAGCUACGUUGAAAUCGUUUAUCGAACGUCCCUGUCAUCGGCAGAAAUACCGUGUU